AUGCGGAUGUUGGGAUUUGCUCCUAUUAGAGAAAUGCUGGAUUCUUGUGUUUGUGUCUCCCUUGGUACAGAUGGAGCACCAAGCAAUAAUAGAAUGAGCAUUGUAGAUGAGAUGUACUUAGCAUCCCUAAUUAACAAAGGUCGUGAGGCAUACAUCAGUGGAACAACAAACCCAACUGCUCUUCCUGCUGAGACUCUGCUGAAGAUGGCUACUAUUAAUGGUGCAAAAGCAGUUCUGUGGGACAAUGAAAUAGGUUCGCUGGAGGUUGGGAAAAAGGCGGACUUGGUUGUGGUGAAUCCAUUUACAUGGUCCAUGGUCCCCUUACAUGACAGCGCUGGGUCUUAUGUGUCAAUGUUUUCACUCUGGUACUGUAGAGAAUACCAUUUUCCUAUUGUCACUCUAAAAACGAUGGACACCGUAAACUGUUUCAUUUCUGUUCAUGCUAGUUUUCAACUUCUGAUGAUAGCUGAAAAGUCAAAUGAAUACUUGGGCACUAAGCACCAAGUAUACUGGUUUGCAUGGGCUGUAGCACUGCACAAAGUUCCUUAG